GUCAAUAUUUUGCUGGAUAGAGAUUCAUCUUCAUGGGCCUCUGCAAUGGUUGGAUUUGACUUUUGACGCAGAUGGGUGCUCCUCGCAAUGCAAUCAAUUCAGUAUUAUAAUUCAAGAUUCAUCUUCAUGGGCCUCUGCAAUGGUUGGAUUUGACUUUUGACGCAGAUGGGUGCUCCUCGCAAUGCAAUCAAUUCAGUAUUAUAAUUCAACAAAUAAACUUCGGGAUGAUUUGGCAGCUGCCAGAGCUGUACUCAAGAAACAUUCCACGAUGUUAUUGACAGCUUCUAAAGUAUACGUAAGACAUCCUGAAUUAGCUGCGGCCAAAGCAAACAGAGAUUACGUGUUGAAGCAAGUUUGUGAAGCAGUCAACACCAUAAAUGAUGUUGCUCAGGGUAGAGUCACUCAACCGUCGUCUUGUCCUUAUGACGGACCAGGUGAAUUGGCAGCUGCACUUGAUGAAUUUGAUGAUCAUAUGGCGAUGGAACCAUUAGCCUAUAAUGAGGUCCACACCCGGCCUUCUCUUGAAGAACGCUUGGAGAGCAUUAUUAGCGGUGCUGCCCUAAUGGCAGAUUCGAGCUGCACUAGAGAUGAAAGAAGAGAACGUAUAGUUGCAGAAUGCAACGCUGUUAGACAGGCACUUCAAGAUUUACUAUCUGAGUACAUGUCGAACAUGGGUAAUAAGGACAAAAGUGAAAAGUUAGCUGGGGCUAUCGACAAUAUGGGGAGAAAGACGAGGGAUUUGAGAAGGCAGCUACGUAAAGCUGUUGUCGAUCACGUCUCCGACAGUUUUCUGGAAACGAGCGUACCACUUUUGGUCCUGAUCAAAGCAGCUCAAAGUGGCAAUGAAAAGGAAGUGGAGGAGUAUGCAGUAGUAUUCACCGAACACUCCAAUAAACUUGUGGAAGUUGCAAAUUUAGUGUGUAGCAUGUCUAAUAACGAGGACGGUGUGAAGAUGGUUCGAUUUGCAGCUGCUCAGUUGGAAAAUUUGUGCCCGGAAGUGAUAAAUGCAGCUAGAAUUUUGGCUGCAAGACCUAGAAGUAAAGUGGCACAAGAAAACAUGGAUGCAUUCAAACAACUUUGGGAAAAUCAAGUUCGUCUGUUAACUGAAGCUGUUGACGAUAUCACAACAAUCGAUGACUUCUUGGCCGUAUCAGAAAAUCAUAUUCUCGAGGAUGUUAAUAAGUGCGUGCUGGCUUUGCAAGAAGGUGAUUCCGAUACUUUGGACAGAACGGCCAGUGGUAUACAGGGCAGGUCUAACAGAGUCUGUAAUGUUGUUACUGCAGAAAUGGAUAAUUAUGAACCCUGCAUUUAUACCAAACGAGUUUUGGAGGCUGUAAAAGUGCUGAAUGAGCAAGUGAUGCCGAAGUUCACUCAAAGAGUUCAAGUAGCCGUUCAAGCUUUGUCCAGCUAUCCGCCAAAAGAGGUGGAUGAAAAUGAUUUUAUAGAUGCUUCAAGACUUGUUUAUGACGGAGUACGAGAGAUACGAAGAGCAGUUCUGAUGAAUAGGGCUGAUGAGGAUUUGGAUCCUGAAGAUGUUGAACUGGAUGAAAAUUACACAUUGGAAACUAGAAGUAAAUCAAGUGCUCAUACAGGAGAACACGGUGUUGAUGAAUAUCCGGAUAUUAGUGGAAUAACAACAGCCAGAGAGGCAAUGGGCAAAAUGCCUGAUGAAGAUAAAAAGAAAAUUUUGCAACAGGUGGAAUUCUUCAGGAGUGAAAAAUUGAAGUUUGACAAAGAGGUAGCAAAGUGGGACGAUGCUGGCAAUGACAUAAUCGUGUUGGCCAAACAUAUGUGCAUGAUAAUGAUGGAGAUGACUGAUUUUACUCGUGGACGUGGACCCUUGAAGACAACUAUGGACGUAAUUAAUGCUGCUAAAAAAAUUUCUGAAGCCGGAACAAAGUUGGACAAACUGACUCGACAAAUAGCAGAGCAAUGUCCCGAAAGUUCCACCAAGAAGGACUUGCUGGCUUAUCUACAAAGAAUUGCACUAUACUGUCACCAAAUGAAUAUAACAUCGAAAGUGAAGGCAGAUGUUCAAAAUAUUUCUGGCGAGCUCAUCGUUUCAGGCUUGGAUAGUGCAACUUCAUUAAUUCAAGCAGCCAAAAAUUUGAUGAAUGCAGUUGUAUUGACUGUUAAGGCCUCUUACGUGGCAUCAACGAAAUACCCAAGACAAGCUGGAACUGUGGCGUCUCCGAUUGUGGUUUGGAAGAUGAAAGCACCGGAGAAAAAACCUUUGGUAAGACCAGAAAAACCAGAAGAAGUUCGAGCCAAGGUGAGAAAAGGCUCACAGAAGAAGGUUCAAAACCCUAUUCAUGCACUGUCAGAGUUUCAGAGUGCAACUGAAUCGAUAUAA